GAAUUAUUUGAUUUGCCUUAUGCACUAUAGUCCGAUUAGUUUAAUUCGUUUUGCGCGGUCGAAAAUAUGCAAUUACUGUUGCACUUGCUAUUACUGGGGGUGGCACGAGGCUAUUUUGAUGAGGAGAAUUACCCCAGGUACCUUACGGCAGCUGUAGGUGAUUUCAUUGUGUUUGAUUGUGAAAUUGAUUUUCCUCAAGGGUAUCCUAUACCCUAUAGGCUUUAUUGGAAAAGAGGAGACAAAAUCGUUUAUUCCUGGCACGAUGGCCAAACAUCCGAAUCCGAAGACUACGUGAGCCGCAUCCACUUGCUCAACGACUCGCUCUACCACUCGCCCAACCAACACUAUGGCAGAGCCUCCAUUAAUCUCACCUCAAUUAGAGAAUCGGACGCAGGAUGGUACGAGUGCAAAAUCAUGUUUCCCACCAGAACCCCAGCUUAUAGGAAUAAUGGAACUUGGUUCCAUUUGACUGUCAGUGGUGGGAAUUUGUUAGCAAUACCUCCAAUUAACCAGACGUUGCAGGAAGGAGAUGAGGCUAAGUUUGUCUGUGUUGUAAAGGAUAUUACUUUGAUUCAAUUGAGGUGGUCCAAGGACGGGAUACCUUUGAGUGCCUACCAGGAUUUGUCCAGACGUUCAUGGGUAGAAAAAGAUGGUAGCUUGGUUAUACGUCCUACAGAUAUGGGAGAUUAUGGGGAGUACGAAUGCGAGGCUAGCAACAAUGUGGGCGAUGUGCAGAAAGCUAGGGCUUUUUUGAAUGUUCAAUACAAAGCCAAAGUAGUUUACGCCCCACCAGAACUCCACUUGGCCUAUGGUAGACCAGCAAUGAUUGACUGCCAUUACAGGGCAAACCCACCCUUGACCAACCUGCGCUGGGAAAAAGAUGGAUUUUUGUUUGACCCUUACAACAUACAAGGGGUGUUCUACCGUCGCAAUGGCAGCUUAUAUUUCAGCAAAGUGGACGACAGCCAUGCCGGACUGUACACUUGCACCCCCUACAACGAUCUGGGGACUCAGGGGGCUUCGCCAGGGAUGUACGUCAUCGUGCAAAAGGUCCCAAUUUUCACUUCAACUCCUCAUAAUUUAUACUUGAGGAAAUUGGGGGAAAGUAUUGAGAUCCCUUGUGAUGCUAAGGAUGGUGAGAACGGACAUAGACCUAUUAUUGUUUGGAAUAAAAAAGGCUCCUCACUACCAUUGGGCCGCUACUCUAUAAACGAAGGCAACUUGACUUUGACCGAAAUCCAAGAAGACGACAGAGGAAUUUACCAAUGUUCGGCUACAAAUAAGGCUGCAACCGUUACAGCGGAAACCGAACUUUUAGUUGAAAACAUCCCAUCUAGUGCCCCAUACAAUCUCACCGCAGUUUCUUCUGCUUCCUCCGUCCACUUGACUUGGUUAUCGCGCAGGCAACGUAAUGUAGAAUUCAGCAUUUGGUACAAAAAAAUCGAAAAUACCGAGUGGAGGACCUAUCAGGUACCAACAUCCAGAGCCCUUGAGGCAACUAUUACAAAUUUAGACCCAGGUACCGAGUACGAGUUCAUGGUACUGUGCAAAGAUGAUAAUGGAGAUGGGCCUUUUAGCAAAUCGGUACGGAUUUGGACUACUACUGAGGAGCAACACGAGAAAAACUUAUUUACAGGUCCUGCUCCAAUUGGUUAUCCAAGAAAUAUCGAGGCAAAACCUUCAGAUGAAGGCCUUUUGAUUGUUUGGCAACCUCCUGACUUUGGCAUGGAGCUUUUCAAGUCUUACAUUGUUAGAUGGAAUAAGGCUAGUGAUGAUUACGAUUUUGGUACUGCUGAGACACUUGAAAACAGCUUCUUAAUUAAAAACCUAGAAGAAGGUACCGAGUAUGAUGUGCAAGUACUGACAGUCUCUGUUGAUGAUCAGCAAGCUGUUAGUGAUAAAGUGAGGGUGAUGUAUCCGGGCCUUAAAAGUAUCAAGGCUAUUUCUACUGGUAUAAUAGCAGGCCUGGCACUUUUGGCAGUGAUAUUUGUGGCAGUCUUUUUCGUGCGCAGAAGGUUCUUUCAAAAUAACCCGCAACUAUUGAAGAAAUGAUUAUGUAUUUAUAGCAAAAGAUUCUUGUAUAUUUUUGUAUAUUAAUAUACGUUUGUAUGUAUAGUGUCUGG